CUGAGAAAGAACAACGCUACUAAAAUUUGAAGGCUGAGGUCUUUUCCACUCGAUUCAACGUACUCAACCACUAAUUUCAGAUUUUGGUUUGGAAAAAAAGUCCACCUGACCUUGUGAACCGGCAGAUGGUGAUGCGAGCUCUGAUAUUCCAUCAUGUACAGAUGUCAAUAACAGUUAAGACAAGAACGAAGAACUAGAACUACUUCAAAUGUCUGAUCAAAGAAACUGCAGAGGCAAGCACGACGAUUGCCUUGAAAAUGACUCCCAAAAGCAUAAGAACAGAGCAUUGAGUUUGUCACAAAAGAUACUACAAACAUCAAAAGCAGUAAGUGAUGAAUGUAAUUACGCUCUGAAUGCUUCUUGUCAGGGAGGAGGUGUGGUUGUGGACAGCGGUGAGACUCCCCAUGCACUAACCACAAAUGGAGCAUGUGGCUUUGAUAAAGAUUGGAGUCCUCCAGAAAGACGACGAGGAGAUCCUCAUGAGAGUAAUUUGAAAACAAAAAGAUCUCUUGGUUUGAAGGGCGGACAAAGAGACUAUUUUCCAUCAGGCCAUAGUACACAAAGGGAUCCCAGUGAGGAUGACUUUGAAUCCAUUCACAUCGGAAUACAUCCUAGUUUUCUCGCACGCCAUUCUGCUGAGUACUGCGAUUCUUGUGGCCCAUUUAAUGAUCUGGAAGUGCUUUCAGAUAUCCACUCCAUGCAACACAGGUCUAAGUAUGUUCCUGAAAGGAAUUACCUUCCUCUCCCAAGUUCGUCGACAUUUCCUGAAUACCCUGAUUUGAAAAAAUGUUAUGCAGGAGAUCAUUCUACCUACAAUAUCCCCAUUGGGUCUCCUCCACAAAAGAAAUUGAGUCCCGAUGGGUAUCAACCUCAAGAGUCAUCCCUCAACUUAUUCCUGAUGCCUAAGACUGUUCCGGCGAAGACCUUAAAACUACCUCCAUCAUCAAGCUUAUCUAACAAUGGAUUGAAGGCAAAUAUUCCGUUGACAGUCACACAGCUCACUGAUGAUAUACAGGCUAGAAACUCGCCAAAUAUCUCCACAGAUGUAAACAUACUCGCCGGAAGGCCGACGUUCGCUUCGCAAUUUGAAACAGCAAACGACGGUCUUGGUAUUCUUCCUGACGGGAAGAGUGCAGUAGCUGGACUGGGUCUGUUAGACAGUAACUCAAACACAUUUUCGGACGAAUCUUUGGCUGCACUCGAGCGACGUGUGGCUGAAGCUUGCUCGCUUGUCGAAAGAACGUUGAAAGAAAGACAAGAAAGAGGGAAAGCCUUGAAAGAAACUGAGCAGAAAAGAAAAGAAGAGCGGACAAGGCAAGAACAACAGGCACGUGAAAGAAAAGAAAGGGAAGCCAAGGAAACGAGAGAAAGGGAACACAGGAAUGAAAGAGUAGAAGGGAACGCGAGGAGUGAUGGAGGAGAAACUCCAUCGCAAGACUCGGCUGUUGCUGAGGAUCGACAAUGGCUGUGUGAACAUUAUCAACGGCUCUGCCGUGUCAAGUUCCCAUGCUGUGGAAAAUUCUUUCCUUGUCAUCGUUGCCAUAACAACUCUGGGUGUCCAAAUGACAAUUCCAAAGCAAGAGAGGCGUGUUAUGUUGAGUGCUCUGUUUGUAGUCAUCAACAAGAGAUCAACCAGGACGCCCACACCUGUGCCAGAUGCAGAACAAGGUUUUCAGCAUAUUUCUGCUCUGUGUGUAAACACUUUACUGGGGAAGAUAAAGCUCCUUAUCACUGCAAAAAAUGUGGUAUCUGCCGCAUCUACAAGGACCGCUCCUUCCACUGUGAUGUGUGUAACGUCUGUCUGGACAAACGGCUGGAAGGCAGACAUUCUUGCCGAGAAAAUUCAGGACAUGAUGAGUGCUGCAUUUGUUUGGAGGACGCGUUCAGCGGUUGUCAAAUUCUGCCAUGCUCACACAAGGUUCAUAGGGAGUGUGCUAUUGCAAUGAUACAGAAUGGCGUUCGUAGCUGCCCAAUUUGUCGUCAUCCUCUAUAUAGUCCGACAAGUGGCAACGAGUGAAUGACAACGUCUAUCCCAGGCCUUUCUCCUCUUGCCUCGGUGAUAAAGUAGAGAGGACCCUGGGAAUGAGGCUGAAAGGAACAUUACUUACCUCCUUUUGUUUAUUGUUAAGUGUUCAGUGUUUUAGUCUUAAACAUGUUUAAGCAUAAAUUCUAUAACAGGUUUAGUAGUUUAAUUCAAUCGAGUUGUCCGAUCUUCGGGGUAAAAAUAUUAAAAGCCCUGGGAAGGAAUGUUGUCGGUGGUAGAGACUGACGUUUCGUUUUAGCGGGAAUCAUCAUCAGAUUAAUUGAACUCUGACGAUGUCUUCAGGUAAGGUUGUCGAAACGUUAGUCACUAGUACUCAGGACUUCUCUCGCCCGGAUGAUCAGGCCACGCAAUCAAAUUUUACUCCAGCUGGUUCAAAUCAUUUACUGUAUUACCUUUUUAAGUUGGAUUGUUCAGUACGUUUUUACAUUAGUUUAAUGUUUAAAAUUCGAACAAAUUAAAGUAGUAGGCGUGGAGGCUGCACAUGAUAUUAGGCUCUCAAUACUAAAACGUUACCGUUCUUGUCAAAUGUAUAGUUUUUACUAGCAAUCCUGAAUUUAGUGCGGCAAAAUUAAAUAACUGCCCGGAUAUCAGAUUUGAUAAUAAGGGCGACAAACAUGACUAUCGUUUACUGAAAAAUUUCCCAAUUUAAAACUUUUGACUAUCGUUUACUAAAAUAUUUCCCAAUUUAAAACUUUUGCUUUUUUUAAUUAGACAUCUUGUAGUGAACGAACAUCGCACUGUUGAAACGAAACUGGAGAAAAGUCAAACAGACAACGACAAAAUGGAACUAAUACCAUCAAUUACUGUAAACGCAGUUGUAUACAAUACUGCAUGUAUCCUAUAAUGAUUCGAUUUAUCCCUGGGGCUCAUUUCUCGCAGGUUGUAACUUCACGGGUCAUACAAUACAAUACAAUAACUUUAUUUAAUAAGCAGUUAAGGAAAAGUAGCCCAGAUAGUCGCUUAAAAAACAGCCCAUAAUGUUUCGUUGUCUGACAUUUUUUUUUUUAGUUUCAUAGAUAUUGAUAUCCGGAAAAAAGCAUUUUUGGGACCUAUGAUUACCGGAACUUUGAAUAAAUGUGUUCCUGAGCAGUAAAAAGACUAAAUUUGUCUGUUUCAUUUUAAGGCGGAGAAACAUUGUGCAUUUACCUUUCUUAUAACUUCGCGUCCAUUUGUUGUUCCCCGACCACACUAUCCGCUUAAAUAAUGAGAAAAACUGCGUAAAACACGUCGCUUAUUGUGGGUUGGCUGCUAAACUGAAUCAUUUUAGCACAAGGCUGUCAAUAAAGAAUGAUUUAGUGAAGAAAACAACAUUCCUUUCAGUUAGUUUCCGCUUGUUCACUAUUUUGUUUAAAAAGCUGUUAUCUCAGACAAAUUUGCGAGUUCGACCGCAUACUAUUAUCGUAUUGAACCGUAUUCUUGAGUAGAAAUAGUACUGUAGGCUUAAAAAUUCAGGUUAUGGGUCAGUAUAAUGACGUUUGGAGGAACGGCCAAGACGUCAUGCUUGUGAGGUGGGACUACGUGAAUAAACUAAUCAUUAUUAUACAUAUAUAUAUAUCCGGCAUCAAGGGUUUCAGUCUUAGCGUUAAUUGGGAGUUUUAGUACAAUUCUCACCUUUCCAAGUCAAAACUGGUUCCUUUACAUUUUCAGUGGAUUCGACAAUUUUUCCAUUACUUUUUAUAGUGAUAAUUUUUCGUGUAGUAAUUACU